AUGUCAGAACUGGUGAACUCUGAACCAGUCAUGCUGUUUAUGAAGGGAACACCAAAAUCGCAUGUGCGUCAUUUCAGUCGUCGGAUCGUUCGGCUCUUAGAAGACCGAAAAUUUUUAUAUGGCUCCUUCAAUGUCCACUCUGAUGAGGAUUGGUUUGGCGAAUGGCCUACAUUCCCCCAGCUAUGGGUCGAUGGUAAGCUUCUUGGCGGACUGGAUAUCUACUCAAUGGAGGAAGGUAUUGCCGUCAAGCAUGGUAAGAAGACCUAG